AAGGGAGUGGUGGCCUCUGUUGUUGUCACAGCUUCCUCCGGGCGAAUCUGAUCCUCUCCACCCCGCCUAUCAGCCAGCACCGGCGACGGAGCCCCUCCUUCCCUCCCUCCGGUUGGCGAAGCCUCCGCCGCCACCGUCCGCAGGAACCUGCUGCUGCUGCUGGGCUUUGCUGCUGGAGGCGGAGGCAGGAGGCGCGCAGGGUGACGUGUCGCCGCUGUGGAGCUUAGCAUGAUUCACCGACAGCGGCAGGCGGAGGUGGGAUGCUGCGCGCUGCUCGCCCCGCUUAGAGGGCGCUGAGCGAGGAGGAUCCGCCGCCCUUUAGCUCUGCCUGCCGCCGCCGGCGCUGCUGCUGCUGCUGAUCAAGGAUCCCUGGAGGAUCCAAGAGGCAAGAUGGAAGGAAUCCUGAAGAAGCUGCAGAAGGAAGCCUCGGGGAACAAAUACAAGGCGAUCAAGGAGAGCUGCACCUGCGCCAGCGAACUGUUACAAUCCCCAGAGGCUGCUACAAAGAUCCCUCCAUAUCAGCUAAGGGAGAAGUGCCUCCUUCCACUCCAGCUUGCUUUGGAAAGCAAAAAUGUGAAGCUGGCCCAGCAUGCUCUAGCAGGGAUGCAGAAGCUACUGUCUGACGAGAGAUUUGUAACCAUGGAAACAGACUCUGAUGACAAGCAGUUGCUUAAUCAAAUGCUGAAUGCAGUCAGAGUGACUCCUUCCCUCAACGAAGACCUGCAGGUAGAAGUCAUGAAGGUCCUGCUCUGUAUAACAUACACUCCAACAUUUGAGCUGAAUGGGAGUUCGGUACUUAAGAUUGCUGAGGUGUGCAUUGAAACCUAUGUCUCCAGUUACCAUCAGCGGAGUAUUAAUACAGCUGUGCGGGCAACUCUCAGCCAGAUGUUGAGUGAUUUGACUUUACAGUUACGGCAAAAACAAGAGAAUCCAAUAGCUGAAAGCCAAGGAGUCCUUCAGGGGUGCAAGAGCCCAGAUUCUGCCACAGAGUCCCUUUGUGACGAUGUUGUCUCUGUCUUCACGGUUCUCUGUGAAAAACUUCAGGCAGUCAUCAGUGAGAAUCAGCAGUUGCAACUUCUCUUCCUGGAAUGCAUUCUCUCAAUGCUGAAUAGUUCCUCUCCUAAUAUGCACCAUCAUAAAGGAUUCACUGACCUCAUAUGGAAGCAGCUGUGCCCGGCUCUUGUAGUCAUCUUGGGAAAUCCAGUCCAUGACAAAACCAUCACCUCUGCUCACAGCAACAUCUGCCACGAAGCGGAUUCUCCUUCCUCCGGGGUCUCUGAUCACGGCAGAGGGUCAGGCUGCUCUUCCAAUGCACCUGCCCUUAGCAGUCCUGCUGCUCGGACGAUCUAUUACAUUGCGGCAGAACUUGUCCGAUUGAUGGGAUCGGUGGAGUCCAUGAAGCCAGUCCUUCAGUCUCUUUAUCACCGAAUGCUUCUGUACCCUCCACCUCAGCACAGAGUGGAGGCUAUCAAGAUCAUGAAAGAGAUACUUGGCAGCCCUCGGCGGCUCUGCGAUUUGGCAGGCCCCUGCUCUACUGAACCAGAAUGCAGGAAAAGGUCGAUUUCAAAAAGGAAGUCCCACCUGGAUCUUCUCAAACUUAUCUUGGACGGGAUGAGUGAAGCUUGCGCGAAAGGUGGGAUUGAAGCUUGCUAUGCUUCAGUGUCCUGUGUCUGUGCCCUCCUUGGCACCCUGGAUGAUCUCAGUCAAGGGAAAGGCCUCGAUGAGGAGCAGGUCCAUCUGCUUCUGCGACGUUUGGAAGAGUUAAAGGACGGGGGUGAGACAAGCAGAGAUUCAAUGGAGAUAAACGAUGCUGAUUUUAGGUGGCAAAGGCGCAUCCUGUCAUCAGAGCAUACCCAUACCCCCUGGGAAACUGGCAAUGAAAAGAGUCCUGACAUUAGUAUUAGUGUCACCACAGAUACUGGUCAGACAACCUUAGAAGGUGAAAUGGGACAGACCACUCCAGAAGGUCAUUCUGAAAUUCGUAAAAAUUCUCUCCAGUCUCCGGCUGGACAAAUGGGUAAAGAAAUUCAUUAUAAAGACCCAGAAUCAGAAACCAUUGACCAGCCAGAUGUUGUUCAACGGAGCCAUACGGUUGUUUAUCCAGAUAUAACUAAUUUUCUUUCAGUUGACUGCAGGGCACGUUCUUGUGGAUCCAGGUACAGUGAGAGCAAUUUCAGUGUUGAUGACCAAGAUCUUUCUAGGACUGAGUUUGAUUCAUGUGACCAAUAUUCCAUGGCAGCAGAGAAAGAUUCUGGAAGGUCAGAUGUUUCAGACAUAGGCUCAGACAAUUGCUCGUUGGCUGAUGAAGAGCAGACCCCAAGAGACUGUCCAGGUCACAAAUCCUUACGAACUGCUGCCCUUUCCUUGAAACUGCUGAAGAACCAGGAAGCAGAUCAGCACAGUGCCAGAUUAUUCAUCCAGUCCCUUGAAGCUCUUCUCCCUCGACUUAUUGCUCUUUCUAAAGUGGAAGAUGUUGAUUUGGCCCUCCAGAACUUCGCUUCAACUUUUUGUUCAGGUAUGAUGCACUCUCCAGGAUUUGAAGGGAAUGUCGCCUAUAGCUUCCAGACACUGAUGAAUGCAGAUAGUCUCUAUAUGGUCUCUCAUUAUACUCUCCUGCUCAACCUGAAGCUGUCCAAUGCAGAUUACUACCGAAAGAAGCCUGGCCAGUCCCCCGUGAUCAUGAAGUCUCUGAGGAAAAGCAACAUGCCCAGUAAUGCAGUGGUAGCUGAAUUGUGCUGUUCCAUUCUGCAGAAGGAGUUUAUGAAGCAGGUCCAGUCCAGUGGAGUUUUGAUGGUAUUUUCUCAGGCUUGGGUCGAAGAGCUUUACCAUCAAGUGCUAGAGAGAAAUCUUCUUGGAGAGGCAGGAUAUUGGGGGAGCCCUGAAGAGCACAGCCUCCCACUCAUCACCAUGCUGACUGACAUUGAUGGUUUGGGGAGCAGUACAAUAGGUGGGCAGCUGAUGGCGUCUGCAUCCUCGCAGUCUCCUCUCACCCACACCCGGAAGCCAGAUGAUGCUGUUCUUGCAGGUGCUGCUUUUGCCCGAUACCUGCUAAUUGGUUGCUGGAAGAAUUUAAUUGACACUUUAUCCACGCCUCUGACCGGCCGCAUGGCAGGCAGCUCCAAAGGAUUAGCCUUCAUUCUAGGAGCCGAAGGAGUCAAGGAGCAGAACCAGAAGGAGAAGGAUGCCAUCUGCAUGAGUCUGGAUGGACUGAGAAAGGCAGCUCGCCUUAGCUGUGCUUUAGGGGUUGCAGCUAAUUGCGCAUCUGCCCUUGCUCAGAUGGCCGCAGCUUCAUGUGUUCAAGAGGAGAAGGAGGAAAAAGAGGUGCAAGAACCCAGUGACACCAUCGCUCAAGUGAAACAGAAGGUGGAGCAAAAACUGGAGCAGAUGGGGAAAGUGCAAGGGGUCUGCCUCCACACAGCCCACGUUUUGUGCAUGGAUGCCAUUCUUAAUGUGGGGCUGGAGAUGGGAAGCCACAAUCAAGACUGCUGGCCGCACGUAUUUAGAGUUUGUGAGUACAUCAGCACUCUGGAACAUGCUCAUUUCAGUGAUGGGACAUCUCAGCCACCGGUAACUAUUACCCAGGGCCAACAGGCCCCAGAUGGGCUUCAGGGAGAUGUUCAAUCUACAGACAGCACCCAGGAACUGACUCUAGACCAAGAGACGGCGCUGAGGAAUCAUCCUGUAAUCCAGCCAGUUUCCAUUCAGGAGCUCAUCAAAGAAAGCAGCAAGGGAAGAGCGUUUGAUUUCCGUGGGGGCAGCUUGAUGACUGGAAGCAACGCUGCCAAAGCUAUCCUUACCCUCUCCACCCUGGCAGACAGGCUAUUUGAAGAUGCUGUUGACAAGUUGAAUCUGAUGGCAUUGGGGGGUUUCCUGUACCAGCUGAAGAAAGCCUCUCAGUCCCAGCUCUUCCACUCAGUUACAGACACUGUUGAUUACUCCUUGGCAAUGCCAGGUGAAGUAAAAUCUACCCAAGACAGGAGAAGUGCGCUCCAUUUGUUCCGUCUUGGAGGGGCCAUGCUCCGAAUUGUAAGGAGUAAAUGCCGUCCUCUUCUCCACGUUAUGCGCUGCUGGAACUUGGUGGCCCCUCACCUAGUGGAGGCUGCCUGCCAUAAAGAAAGGCAUGUUUCUCGGAAGGCUGUCUCUUUCAUCCACGACAUCCUAACUGAGGUUCUGACAGACUGGAAUGAGCCCCCUCAUUUUCACUUGAAUGAGGCCCUCUUCCGCCCCUUUGAGCGUAUCAUGCAGCUGGAACUCUGUGACGAGGAUGUCCAGGACCAGGUGAUCACAUCCAUAGGCGAGCUGGUGGAGGUGUGCUCGACCCGGAUCCAGUCAGGGUGGAGGCCAUUGUUCAGCGCACUAGAAACCGUGCGCAGUAGCAGCAAGUCAGAGGUUAAGGAAUACCUUGUUGGAGAGUAUUCAAUGGGAAAAUGCCAGGCACCUGUGUUUGAUGUCUUUGAAGCAUUUUUAAAUACAGACAACAUUCAGGUCUUUGCAAAUGCAGCCACCAGUUAUAUCAUGUGCCUUAUGAAGUUUGUCAAAGGAUUGGGGGAGGCAGAUUGCAAGGAGGUUGGGGAUUGUGUGCCAGGAUCAGGAUCCAUGUCUACAGACUUGUGCCUUCCUGCUCUUGAUUACCUCAGGCGGUGUUCUCAGUUGCUUGCCAAAAUCUACAAAAUGCCCCUGAAGCCUAUUUUUCUCAGUGGGAAACUUGCUAACUUACCCCAAAGAAUACAAGAACGGUCUGCAAGCAGUGAAGAUGGCAUUGAGUGUGUCCUUUCGGAUUUUGAUGAUGACACAGGCCUUAUUAAUGUCUGGAUCAUUCUGCUUGAAGAGUUGACAACUGCCAUAUCCAACUGCCCCCGUCAGCAUCAACCUCCCACCCUGGAUUUGCUCUUUGAACUAUUGAGAGAUGUUACCAAAACACCUGGCCCUGGAUUUGGUAUUUAUGCAGUUGUUCACCUUCUGCUCCCUACAAUGUCCCUUUGGCUUCAUCGCAGCCACAGCGACCAUUCUUACUGGGAUGUGGCAUCUGCUAAUUUCAAGCAUGCAAUUGGCCUUUCUUGUGAACUAGUAGUGGAGCACAUUCAGAGUUUCAUACAUUCAGAUAUUGGCUAUGAGAAUAUGAUCAACACAAUGCUCAGAGACCUCUUCAAAUUACUGGUAGCUUGUGUGGCAGAACCCACAGAAUCCAUCUCUAGAGUUGGGUGCUCGUGUAUCAGAUAUGUUCUAGUGACAGCUGGCCCUGUUUUUACAGAAGAAAUGUGGAGGCUGGCAUGCUGUGCGCUGCAGGAUGCCUUCUCAGCAACCCUUGAACCAGUGAAGAAUCUGUUGGGCUAUUUCCACAGCGGCUCUGAAAACUUCAGUGGGGAUGCUUGUGAGGUGAAAGUAGCAGCCCCUUCCCUCUCUCCUAGUGCUGAAGCUGAAUAUUGGAGAAUACGGGCCAUGGCUCAACAGGUGUUCAUGUUAGACACACAGUGCUCCCCCAAAACGCCAAACAACAAAGAAGGGUUUGAGCAUGCUCAGUCCUGUGUGCUUAUCAUUGAGUUGCCUCCUGACAAGAAACCCAAUGGCCAUACGCAGAAAAGUAUCCCUUUCCGAACAAUUGUAGUGAGCCUGCUGUCCCACCAAGUGCUGCUGCAGAAUUUGUACGAUAUUUUGUUGGAAGAGUUUGUGAAAGGGCCCUCGCACUCUGAAGAGAAGGCUGCGCACCAACCACCGGAAACUAAACUGGCAGGCUUCCUCAGGUACAUUUCUAUGCAGAACUUGGCUGUCAUCUUUGACUUGCUGCUGGAUUCCUACCGGACAGCCAGAGAGUUUGAUACGAGGACUGGCCUGAAGUGCCUGCUCAAAAAGGUCUCUGGCAUUGGCGGAGCUGCCAACUUGUACCGCCAGUCGGCGAUGAGCUUCAACAUUUACUUCCAUGCCUUGAUCUGUGCUAUUAUGACCAACCAGGAAAACAUGACUGCAGAGCAGGUGAAGAAAAUCCUCUUUGAAGAUGACGAAAGAAGCACCGAUUCAUCCCAGCAGUGCUCUUCGGAAGACGAAGACAUUUUUGAAGAGACAGCCCAAGUAAGCCCUCCAAGGGGGAAGGAGAAGAGGCAGUGGAGAGCCAGGCUGCCGUCUCUGAGUGUCCAGCCUGUCAGCAAUGCAGACUGGGCUUGGUUAAUCAAAAGGCUUCAUAAGCUCUGCAUGGAGUUAUGCAACAACUAUAUUCAAAUGCAUCUGGAUUUGGAAAGCAGCGCCGAUGAGCUCCCGGUCUUCCGAGGGGACCCCUUCUUCAUCCUUCCGUCCUUCCAAUCUGAAACAUCCACCCCAUCUACCGGAGGGCUCUCUGGGAAGGACACCCCUUCGGAAGAUGACAAAAGCCAAAUUAGGGAUUCCCUAAUGGAGAAUGUCACUCCCAAAGGAGGAAGUGGAGAUCUACUGCUGCUUCCGCCCUUGAGCCCCAAAACAGAGAAGAAAGACCAAGGCAGGAGAAAAGAGUGGUGGGAGAGCGCUGGCAACAAAAUCUACACCAUCGCCACAGACAAAACUAUAUCGAAGCUCAUGACAGAAUAUAAGAAAAGGAAACAGCAGCAUAACCUGGCCACUUUUGCCAAAGAGAUGAAAGUCGACAAGAAAGGGGACCCGCUAAGCAUGAGAGGGCCAGAUUCCCCCCUCCCACAAAGGCCUCAAAAUCUGGUUGAUCAGGGCCAAAUGAGGCACUCCUUCAGUGCAGGGCCAGAGAUUUUGAGACAGGAGAAGAGGUCACGCUCUGGGUCAACGGUCAGUUCACUCAACAUAUCUGUCCGGGAUGGUGAGGCGCAAAUACAGGCAUGGACCAACAUGGUAUUGACAGUUCUUAACCAGAUUCAGGCCCUUCCAGACCAGAUCUUCACAGCUCUCCAGCCAGCUGUGUUCCCUUGCAUCAGUCAGCUGACUUGCCAUGUGACUGACAUUCGAGUUCGCCAGGCUGUGAGAGAAUGGUUGGGCAGAGUGGGCAGAGUGUACGACAUUAUUGUGUAGUAGACACUGGAUGCAGUACCCACUAGAGAAUGAAUUGAAGGCAUACAAAUAUAAAGUGCAGUUACUGAAGCGAUGAGGUAACUGUCUAUUUGCUGGUAAUUAGAAACUGGCAACAUCUGUCCCAUGCCGUUAACUGCUUAAGAGCACCGUUCACUCUUGCUCAUGCCUACAAGAGCAUGUGGUAACCACAGUGUGCUUAUACAUCAAGUAUCCCAAAAUAAUACAGUAUAUUAAAUCUGAAAAUGCUGUUUUAAGUCAGGCUGAUAUAUGAAAACUCAGUAUAUUGAUGUUGCAUAUUUUUCAAAGAGUAAAGUAUUUCUCCGUAGGGAAAUGGCAGUGAAAUGAAGGUAGCACAAAAUGGAAACCUUCACAAAAGUAGGCUAGACAAGAAACAACCAAACUGAGUACCUAUUUUCACAAACCUUCAGUGUGGCAUCAACAUCUUCCCACUCCAGUGCAAUUUGGACUUCAGAAAAUCAAAGAGCUUGCAUUCAGAAUGAGUACAAGAGAUGCAUAGAUAUAUUUAGUAUAGAACCUUUUUGUGCCCCCAAAACUGGCAGACUGACAUUUGAAAGUAUCUUAAUUAAAAAAAAAUACAGUGAGCUGUUUCAAUAAAUUGUUCAUGUAAAACAUGACACGAAAAACAGAUGAUCCAAAUUCCAGAACUGAUACAUUUUCAAAAUUCACAGUGCACAUUUCAUUUUCUAUCGCACACCAGGGUUGUGGUGAGAAUCAGCCGUGCAAUGGCUUCUGAGCCAUUUUUCAUGUGAUUUUGUGACAUCCUAGAUGUCGAUGCAGUAUGGUGUGAUAUGGCAAGAGCAGCUUGCCUGGUGGAGCAUCGAUGUUGCUGACCAAGAGGAGGGACGAGCAACUGUGUAGUUGGGGCUGUGCUGCCACACAGCCCUUAUCACACCUUUCCUCUUCCUCCCAGAAGUGAUAGCAACACCCCUACUGGAAGGCUGUUCCUGCAGUUCUGCCCCACUGGGGGAAGGACUGUUAUGCUAUGGUGCUGGAAGCUGUCUAGGGACAAAAUAGUUAAUCCUGUAUAGGAAAACACUUGCCAAAAGCCAUAGACUUCUAAGAGGUUUCGCCUCCUUUGAUGUCAACCCAAAGGUCUUCAAGUAAGGGAAAAGAUCAUAAAUAUGACUACAGAAAACAAAACAUAAAGCUGCAACUUGCCUGUUUUCUACAGCAGCUGCCUUGUCCCAUUCCUACAUUGUAGGUGAACAUGUCGUAAGCUUGACUACUGCCCCAGAAUUCCCUCUGUGGCCGCCUCAAUUUGUUUUACCUUUCUUCUCCAUGAAAAGAAAUAAAACAAUAAUGUAGGUUUGGAAGGUGGCACCCAUUUUAUGCUCUUAUCUAUCCUGUGAGGCUGCUUAGUUUGAGAAAAGGGUAAAGCAGCCUUCAUAUCGGAAUAGGGAUUUGAACGGGGACCUUUCGAGUCUAGCAUCGUUCACUCUCCAACCUGGUCCUCUUAAAUCCACUUCCUUUAUCCAAGCUGUCUAGCAUACACCGCUAAAUAUAUAGUCUAUUAAUUAGAAAAGAACCCAUAAAAUAUGGGCGUGGCCUCCUUUAUUUAUACGCCACAGUUAUAUGUUGCCUAUCUCCCACUGCAUUCAAGGUGG